CUAGCGGGGUUGUCAUUGCCCCUCCAUGCUGCUUGGCACGCAAUCAUCUCUCCGACAAAGCAACUCCCAAAAUUCGACUCGAGAUCUGCCACGAUGCCACCGAAAGGAAAAGCUGGAGACAAAGGCGGAGCAGCGAAAGGUGGCAAGGGAAAAGGAAAGGGAGAGGAGAAAGAGGACAAAGGAGGCAAAGUCAAGGGCGCGCAGCAGAUCAAUGUCCGACACAUUCUGUGCGAGAAGCAUUCUAAGAAAGAAGAAGCUCUUGAGAAGUUGAAAGGCGGUGCGAAGUUCGAUGAUGUCGCAAGGGAGUUUUCUGAGGACAAGGCGAGAGCUGGUGGCGCUUUGGGUUGGAAGAAGAGAGGAGAUCUUGAUCUUGCAUUCGAGGAGAAAGCAUUCGAGCUUGAAGCCAGCACGACAGCAGCUCCGAAAUAUGCAGAGGUUAAAACUGGAUUUGGAUAUCACAUUCUAAUGGUGGAAGGAAGAAAAUAA